UUAAAAUAUUAAAAACAAAGAUGAAAAAAAAUCACGAGUAAGGUUACUGUAAUCAGCACAUAAAAUUGUGAUUAUUAAUUCCCCCUAAUAUAAUGUUAAACCAGACUGGUGACUUUACGACACUUUUACGGUUUACUUUACGGUAGAUUUGACUGUCCGGCGCGGAUUUUGUAAACAAAGCUAAUUGUGUCACGCUGUCUGAACUCGAUUCGGUUUAUUUUACUAAUAAUAUUAUACAUGUCAGUACUGACUUUCCUUUAGGUCGAAUUAUCAUCAAUAAAAAGAGAUAUUGUUCAACUGAAGAAAACUUUUUAGCGGUUGGCGACACUUUUUGAGAGCUGACAUUAUGGCAUUAGCCAGCGCCGUUAGCUAAGAUGCUAACGGGGCGAAGGUACAGCAGCAGCGGGGAGGCUGUGUCCGGGAGGAGCCGCUGCCGCCGCUUGUGACAGCGGCCCGGCAUGCUGCUAGCGCGCCUUCUCGGCAGAUUCACGCUUCGACCAGGACUACCGCGGGGAAGCUUUCUCUGGGCGACGCGGAGCGGCUGGUGCUCGGACACGGCGAAGGGGGCAGACAUGAUCCGCAGCCGGGGUCAGAUCAGGCGGGUCCUCUGCGUGGCCGAGAAGAACGACGCAGCCAAAGGCAUCUCUGAAAUCAUGUCCGGCGGCAGAGCCAGGAGGAGGGAAGGAUUUUCAAAGUUUAAUAAAAUAUAUGAGUAUGAAUAUCAUCUUUUUGGCCAGAAUGUGACGGUGACCAUGACUUCAGUGUCAGGCCAUCUGCUUGGCCUGGAGUUCAAAGCGCCAUUCCAGAAAUGGCACAGCUGCAAUCCCGUGUUGCUGUUCGAUGCGGAGGUGGAGAGGUAUUGCCCAGACAACAUGAUCCAAAUCAAGCGGACUCUGGAGAAGGAAGCGAGGCAGUGCCAGGCCCUGAUCAUCUGGACUGACUGUGACCGGGAGGGAGAAAACAUUGGCUUUGAAAUCAUCGAUGUUUGCAAAGCAGUGAAAUCCAAUUUGCAAAUCUUUCGGGCAAAGUUUUCUGAGAUUACUCCCAACUCAAUUCAAAGAGCCUGUGAGACGCUAACUGAGCCCGAUGGUAACAUCAGCGAUGCUGUCGAUGUGCGGCAGGAGCUGGAUUUGCGGAUAGGUGCGUCCUUCACUCGGUUCCAGACGCUUCGCCUGCAGAAGAUCUUCCCUGAAUCCUUGGCUAAUCAUCUGAUCUCAUAUGGCAGCUGUCAGUUUCCCACCCUGGGAUUUGUGGUGGAGCGCUUCAAAGCCAUUCAGGCCUUUAUACCUGAGACUUUCUAUAAGAUCAAAGUGCUCCAUGAGGUGGAGGAGGACCGUGUUGAGUUCAGCUGGAAGAGAAACCGUCUCUUCCAUCACACAGCUUGCCUGGUGCUCUACCAGAUCUGCAUGGAGGAUCCCAUAGCAACAGUCACCUCAGUAACGAGCAAACCCAAGAGCAAAUGGAGACCACUGCCUUUGGACACCGUGGAACUGGAGAAGCUGGCGUCUAGGAAGCUCAGAAUAAACGCCAAGGAGACCAUGAAGAUUGCUGAAAAGCUUUAUACUCAAGGGUUUAUCAGCUAUCCUCGCACAGAAACAAACAUAUUCCCUGCUAGCCUUCCCCUUGCGCCCCUGGUGGAGCAGCAGGCACAGAGUCCGGAGUGGGGGGCCUUCGCCCAGCGGGUGCUGGACCAGCCUGGGGGCCCCAACCCACGACAGGGCAAAAACUCAGACCAGGCCCACCCUCCCAUACAUCCCACCAAGUACACCGCCACGCUGCAGGGCAAUGAAGCGCGUGUCUAUGAGUUCAUCGUGAGGCACUUCCUGGCGUGCGUAUCCCAGGAUGCUUUGGGGCACGAGACCGUGGUGGACAUAGAAAUUGCUCAAGAAAAGUUCUCGACUUCUGGACUCAUGAUUAUUGCAAGGAAUUACCUGGAUGUUUACCCCUACGAGAGGUGGAGUGCAAAGUUGAUACCCGUGUAUGAGCAGGGCUCCCAGUUCCAGCCGUCUGCUAUUGAGAUGGUGGAUGGACAGACGAGUCCGCCUCAGCUGCUCACCGAAGCCGACCUCAUAUCUCUGAUGGAGAAGCACGGCAUCGGUACUGAUGCCACCCACGCCGACCAUAUCGAGACCAUUAAGAGUCGCAUGUAUGUUGGUUUGACUGCGGACCAGAGGUUUCUCCCAGGAGAGCUCGGCAUGGGACUAGUGGAGGGUUACAACUCGAUGGGCUACGCGAUGUCAAAGCCCAACCUCCGCGCUGAGCUGGAGGCCGAUCUCAAGCUGGUGUCUGAGGGCAGGAAGGACAAGCAGAGCGUGCUGCAGCGUCACAUCCAGAAAUACAAAACCGUCUUCAUCGAGUCUGUGAGGAAAGCAAAAAAGUUAGAUGAAGCCCUGUCACCGUACCUGGGCCCAGCUCAGGAGAUCCUUGAAGCGGAGCAGCAGGACAUGGAGAUGCCGUUGCCGGUGAGGAAGUGUCCCAGCUGUGGUCGGGACAUGGUGCUGAAGAAGAAGAGAGAGGGAAACAGUAAGUUCCUGUCAUGUGUGGGCUACCCCGCCUGUAAGACGGCGCUGUGGUUCCCUGACAUAGUGCUAGAGGUCAGCAGGGAUGACAGGAUUUGUCCCACAUGUCAACCGAGCCCCAUUCACAUGCUGAAGUUUAAGUUCCGCAGAGGCAGCCUGCCUCCCACCAUGCCGCUGGAAUUUGUCGGCUGCAUUGGCGGCUGCGACGAGACGCUCCGAGAGGUGCUGGACUUCAGAUACCUCAGAGGAGGCGCAGGAGGAAGUGGGGGAAGCAGGGGGUGCUGCAGGACCGAGCGGAGGGGGGGGAGGAGGAGGAGGUGCAGGAGAUGAUCCUCGGCCCCCUAGACCUCAGCCUCCCAGAGGUCCAGGCUCCAAUCCUCGGCCCCCCCUUCCUCCUAUGCCAGCAGCGACGCAAUCGUGUGCAACUGCGGUCAGGACGCCGUCCUCCUGACCGUGCGCAAAGACGGUCCCAACCAGGGUCGUCAGUUCUACAAGUGCAGCGCUGGGACCUGCAACUUCUUUCUGUGGGCCGAUCAACCGAGCCAGCAGGGGGCGCCGCAGCAGAGCAGGGGCCCUCCGCUGUCAGCACAGAGGACUCCUCUCCCUCCGAGGCCGUCGUUUGGGUUGGGAAACCCAUCCGGCGGCAGCAGGGGGCAUGACGCAGGCGGAGCCGGACAGAUGGGGCAGACCAUGUGCAACUGCAACAGCACCGCUGUGACCCGCACGGUGCAGAAGGACGGGCCGAACAAGGGACGCAUGUUCCACACCUGUGGGAAACCCAGAGAGCAGCAGUGUGGCUUCUUUCAGUGGGCGGAUGAGAACGUACCUCCACCAGGUGGUUUCGGUGGAGGGUUUAACUCCGGCGGAGGGUUUAACUCCGGCAGAGAUGGAGUGAAGAAGGGGAGGAAGACGACGGGAGAGGUCGGAGCGAACAAGCCCCCCACUACAAAGAAACCCCGCACCUGCGGCAUCUGCCACAUGCCGGGACACACGCGGGUCACCUGUCCUCAGCGGUGAGCGUUCGGUCCAGGCCGCCGUGCCGGCGACAGGUGAACAGUGAGUAGGACCGCCCAGUGGCUCCUCGCAGCAGGUCGCCGUCCUCUUCGUCUGUUUGGCAACUCCUCCUGCAAAGUGAAAACAGGUUCGACCGCAGGACUAACGGCUAUAAACAGAUUUUCCCCUUUGUGCUUCUUGUCUGUUGGAGUGAGGAAUGUGAAAGCAAGACGUUGCCUCGUAACAAUACAACAGAAAGAGAAACUAAAGUUCCCUCUUUGUUCUGAUCCCAUCUGAGCUGGCUGGGCUGUCCGCGGCGGCGCUACUCUAUGGAUUCCUCCGAGGUUGAUUCUCUCCCUGGAGGGAAAGACGGAGGUGGAAAGUUAACCUUUCAAGGACAAAAAUCAAACCAUAUAGAUGCUUAUUGAACUAUUUUAAGAAGGGGAAUUUAAGCUGCUCUGCUCUUCCUGCUUACCAAAGUCAAACUGUUAAUCUGAUGCCUUUUUACAGCAUGUUCUCGUUUACUGCUGGAGGGAAAAUCCAGGGAGAGGCGCAGCAACACACAUCGAGGUGUUUGGCUACUUUUAAAACUUGUAGGUGUCUGUAACCACGGUAACUCGGAGGAUGCUCGAGUUAAUUGGUCAUUUGCUCUGCUGGGCUUGGAUCAGAUGGGUCCUCGACCUGUUCUGGCUCCGUUAUCACACCCAGCCACAGAAAUGUGCGUUUAUUAAAAGGCCAGCAGGCGGGCCGCAACUGAGUGAAGGUGUAACAAAUGAUAAUUAUUUAAAAUGCUGGAUGUUAUUUUUUUAUUAUAAUUUUCACUCUUCCCUGUAAAGCAGAGAGAUAUUUUACUGUUUUCUUAUUUUUGUUGAUGUGUGUAAAGAGUUUUUUUAAAACAUGAUUCAUACAACCAUAAAGAAAAUUCUGCAUAUUCUUUCUGUUAAACCAGAUUAACGCUAAUAAACAUUUCUGUUUUUGCUCA